AUGUUGGGCUAUGUUCCAGAAUUAGGAGGCCGUACUCUAGUGGCCGAGGCACAUGGUUAUAAAAAAGGUCAACUAAUUCUGGCUGAAGAACCUCACAUCGUUUUUCCAGCGACUUCGAAAUCUCAAAUCUACCAAAAAGUUCGUGUUAUAUGUAAAUUGAGCUUGCAUGAUGAAUCGGUGGUUGACGAUUUAGCGCUGGCCAUUGCGGCGUAUAUUGAGACGUUGCAGGACGCGGACGUGAGUGAUUAUUUUGCAACCUCUACGGCUGUAACGACGAUUGCAGAGUCAUGUGCUGCAGGGCGAGAUGGUCAGGAGGGAGGUAGUGAGCUUCGGGAGAUUGGUUAUGAGAAGUUGUGGAAGAUGUUGCCAAAGUAUUACGAGGUGGAUAUAGAAGCACUAAAGCAGUUUGCGAUGACUAUGAUUUGCAAUGCACAUCGUACGAGUGAGAAGGUUCUCCUUUACAGACUGGUGUCGAAGAUGGCGCAUUCCUGCGACCCGAACACACUGUUAUUGAUUAAGACGAAGCAGGCUGAUGGCAAACCAGGAACCCAGGAGGGACUCUGCUCAGUCAUAGCGACCAGAGACAUCGGUCCAGGUGAACCACUUACCUUUAGCUACUUUUCGGGACAACCUGGCGCGAUCAAUGGAGCAUUUGGAAGAAGGAAUUUAAGGCGGAGACAUUUGUUAGAGACCAAGUUUUUCCUGUGUAAAUGUUCCAGAUGUAUCCAAGAGGAGGCGGUCGAAAUCGAAGAAGACUGCGGCAGGAAGUUGGAGGGUGCAGAGUUGCAGGAUCCAGAUGACGGGAUUCGACGGGUGCAUUCCUGUUACAACGCCAUGGACAACUACAACAUUUGGAUUCGGAAUUUUCCGGACCUGGAGUCGGCUCUAUCCGAAGGGGACGAAAGUCCGUGGACCAGUGAACAGUUUGUCUUGAUCUGUUUUGGUCUUGCAUACAAAUAUUUGGUCGCCUUGCCCAAUUUAUACCAUUGGGGUAUAGUCGUCUCUGAGAAGAAGUUGGGACCUGGCUUCAGCUUUCUUCACCGGGGCUUGAGUUUAACUUCUCAGUCUACCAAGCUAACCAUGUGCGUUGUUCUCGGAAUCAUCCUUCCCGUUUGCAGAGCAAUCGGCCAAAGUAUAACGACUUUACCCAAGGGCUUCAAAUUCAUCGGUCCCAUAGCGGACGACGCCGCCCAAACCAUCGUGUUACUCAGAUCCGUUUUGGAAGCAGAAGACCCCGUACUCAGAUACGCUGUCCCCGACUACCAUCACGAUGUAUCGGAAUUCAAAAACGCCGUAGACAUUUAUCUGCCAUAA